UUAUUUAUAAGAUGAUUUUUACUGAAAUAUGUAUCUUUUUAAUUCAUUGACGUUGUUUUCCAAGCUUCACUGAGUUACUGAGUUGAACUGCUGGGUUAUACCUGUAUCCGUAACAUAUACCAUGGCAAAUGAUUCAAAGUUGCUUGGUAAUUUUGGAAGUAGAUAUUAGAUUAAUAUUGUAUUAAGAAAAAGGCUCAAGUAGGUUUCUGUAAAUGCAGUUAUGUGGCUUUUCUUCACAGUUACUUGGUAAUUUUUAGAAGUAGAUAUUAGAUAAAUAAUUUCUUAACAAAAGGUUAGGUUCUCUUAAUUGAAGUUUUGUGCCUUUUGUUGAAUUAAAUGUCUGACCAAAGAGUCAUGAAAAGUCAGAACCAGAUCUGAGUAAAGGACUUGUAACAGUGUUUUGAAGUCUCUCUCUUGUCUUUUUCUUGUGCCUCCAGAAUCCAUAGGUAAAAACUGACGUAUACUCACUCCCUGUUUUGCUCCAGAAUAACUAUCUUGAAGGGUUUGUUCUUUUUCUUACAGUCAUUUAUUAUUGACUUUGCCUUCUGAACUUGUAUGUAUUCUUAAGCUUUUCUUUCUCUCUUAUCCCUACCUUUAGGUAUAUUUAAAAUCUCCCAAUAAAAUAGUCAUGCUAACCAAGUAACAGCGGACAAAGGAUGAAAAUAUGACAUUUAGAACCAAAAGAAGAAGAAGAAGAAGAAGAAGAAGAAGAAGAAGAAGAAGAAGAGUUCAUUAGAUCUUUUAGGUGUAAUGCGUUAGGACCUUCCAGCUAAAAUCAAUAAAGCUCCAUUCAUAUUGAAUUGCCGAGACUGAAGACUUGGGAAGAUAAAGUCUGUACAAAUGACGUAUCGAAGACUGUGGUGUGGGGGGCUGUGAUAAAUGACUUUGCGAUUGUGUGCUUUCUGGUCAAUUGAUGCGUCCUUUUUUUGUCCGUUUGAUAGCGACACUUUCUCAUCUCGCUGCAGCAUUUCCUUUUUUUUUCCUCUGCAACGUCUUGAUAAGCACAAUAAUUAUCUCAACAACUCACUCUCUAGGAUAAUGACUUGUGAUCGUCUGCUUUGUUAUCCAUAUACUUUCUUAUGAGGCUUGUGAUAAGGUGGGUAUGGCUCUUCAUAUUAUUGAUCUUGAUUGGUUAUUGGUGAGUUUACAUAGUAACAUGACAUCGAGACCUGAUAUCAUGAGAUAUGUGUGUGUGAGACAAGUAGCAGUGUUCAUCUUCUAAUAGAAAUAUGAGUCCAUCGAUGUAUAUAUAUAUAUAUAUGAAAAAUAUAUAAAAAUGAAAGAGGAUAGAUAGGCAAUUGGGUUGCCAUUUGGUCCAUCAUAUCAUUUGUGUGUUUGACCUCCUACCUUCCUGCUUUGUCUUCACUAAGUGAACGGUAGGUGCGGCAGCUGAUGCUCAUGCUUAACAACCGGCUCCUACUCCAUCAUGGAGGACGACAUCCAAUGGCUUCCCUUUCAGAAGCCCUGCGUUCUUCCCAUGCUUAGAUAAGGAAGCAGGAGUUCCUCUAGUUUUCUGUGCACCAGACGAAAAAGCCUUCGGCCGUGGUCUUGCCCAGAGGAGAGCUUGUUUUGUUUGGGCUACUUGUUCGAUCUUGUGUCCACCGGGCUGAAGCGACAUGGACGCCCACCGGGUAGCCGAAGCGCCACUCCCGACGGCGGAACGCCGUUGCAGUGACGAGCCUCGGAACAAGUGCGAGACGGACGCGGGCGCGCAGGCCUCCGCCAGCGCGUGCUUCGACUGCAACAUAUGCCUGGACUUCGCGGUGGAGCCGGUCGUCACUCUCUGCGGCCACCUCUACUGCUGGCCAUGCAUCUACAGGUGGCUGCAGCAGGCGGACGGCGCCGCCCCGCAGCAGUGCCCCGUCUGCAAGGCCGCCCUCCACCACGACGCCCUGGUGCCGCUCUACGGCGGCGGCCGCCACGGCGCCAAGAAGCCCCGCCCUGACCUCGAAUUACCGCGCCGCCCGCCGCCGGCCCACCCCCCGUCGCCCGGAGCGAACGAGGAACAACGGUACCCGGAGACCCGACCGCAUUCUCGCCGUCACCACCAGCACCCUAAUCACGGGUGGGAGUACACGUCGGGAGCGACGAGGGUGAUCCACUCUACGGCGGGCGGGCUGCUGGGGGGGUUGGUGAUGGCGGUGCUCCCGUGGGUGUUCCGGAAUCAAGAGUGGCCAGGCAUUUACUACUCGAGUCCUUACCACAUGGGCGGCGACGUCGGCAGCGGCAGGCUCAGAAGGCAGGAGAUGGAGCUGAAACGGUCACUCCAUCAGAUUUGGCUCUUCCUUGUGUGCUGUGCCGUUGUGUGCCUGCUCUUAUUCUGACAACUCUUGUGCACGUCAAAUUUUGGUGAGGGACUUGGCGGAAAAUAUUUACAAUGUGAGUGCAAGAAGCUAAAUUUGAAUUAAUCUAAUGGAUAAAAAUAGAAGAUGAUGCUUAUAUUUAUGUUAGAGGACUUAAUCAUAUUUAGAUA